UAUUGUUCUUGGUUUUUGUGGGGUUCUGUUUUUCUUUCUGGAGACUUGUAAAUGAGGUCUUGUUUUGUUCCCUUCCUUAGGUUUCUUGCAAAUGUUGUUUCGUUGUUGAAUAUUGAUUUUCUAAUUCAGAAAUGGUUUAUCAAUUUGUAAUUUGUAAAAGAGGAAGAACAGGGUUUUGCAUUCGUGCUGCUUGGUCUCGUUUCGUUCGAUUUCAGUCCAUUUUUUAGGGCUUUCGGUGGAUGAAUUUUGACUUAAUCACAUGGUUUUUGAAAUUUGACUGAAAUAGGGUUGUUCUGAUGGAUUCAAAUGAGCCUAUGAUUUCAUUAAGUGAUUUAUCUCCACAAUUUUGAAGCAUUUGAUAUGAACUGAAACUUUUUUGUAAGACUAUGUUAGCGUUAAUGCUUUGUUACUUUUCCUUUUAUAUUUCUCUUCCAAAACAAAAUAAUCGAGUUAAGUUAGCGUAGGAUGUUUCAUUUUGUGUUCAUGAUUAGACAUCUUUUGCUAGAGUUUGAUUAUAAUGGGCUCUGUAUGCAACCUGUAGCUGGAUUGAAUCCUUCGCGAUGCAAAUGCCCUCUUCCUUCUCCCAACCCAACUAAGGUGAAACACCUACUCCUAACAAAAGCGAAGCAAGCUGCGCUACUACACCGCGCAUACGUUUUUUAGCUGGCUUCAAAGAAAGAAAAGCUGGCGCUCCUGCCCCUAACCUAGGUUGAGACCUUUCAAGAUUCUUAGUCCAGCACACCCUGCAAUCUUUCUAAAGCGGAUUGAACUCAUGGAUGAGUGAUGGCUGCCAUAUGGUGAAGCAUUUCCAAUAAUAGCUUAAAGAACUCCAUUAAAGUUUAAAUGGCCAUGGCUCCAGGAAGCAGUACCUGCAAAGAAGUAGUUGAUUCUCAUCCUUCAGUUUCAGGGCAUGACAUAGCAAUGUCUAAAUCAGAGAAUAAUUCUACAUCUUCAAAAGUCCUACUUGGUUCGAGUGGGAAGCUUGGAGUUUAUUCAACCAAUGGCGUGCAAGAACUGCUCGAGUGCCCUGUCUGCACUAAUCUGAUGUACCCUCCAAUUUACCAGUGCCCGAAUGGCCACACGUUGUGCUCAAACUGCAAGAUCAGAGUUAGCAACUGCUGCCCGACCUGUCGUCAUGAACUCGGAAACAUAAGGUGCUUGGCAUUGGAGAAGGUAGCUGAGUCGCUGGAAAUCCCCUGCAGAUACCAGAAUUUGGGUUGCCAAGAUAUUUUUCCUUACUACAGUAAGCUUAAGCAUGAGCAACACUGUCGAUUCCGUCCUUACAACUGCCCUUAUGCUGGAUCGGAGUGUUCGGUCACGGGUGACAUCCCGUCUCUUGUUGCACAUCUCAAAGAUGAUCACAAGGUUGACAUGCACGAUGGGUGUACCUUCAAUCAUCGCUAUGUGAAAUCAAAUCCGCACGAAGUUGAAAACGCCACAUGGAUGCUAACGGUUUUCAACUGCUUUGGAAGACAGUUCUGCUUGCAUUUCGAGGCGUUCCAGCUAGGAACAGCGCCUGUUUACAUGGCGUUCUUACGAUUCAUGGGCGAAGAUAACGAAGCAAAGAAGUUCAGCUACAGUUUGGAGGUGGGUCACAACGGGCGUAAACUGAUAUGGCAAGGAAUUCCGAGAGGCAUCCGUGACAGUCACCGAAAAGUUCGUGACAGUCAAGACGGUCUCAUCAUUCAAAGAAACCUGGCACUGUAUUUUUCGGGAGGAGAAAGACAAGAGCUGAAGCUGAGAAUCACGGGUCGAAUAUGGAAAGAAGAAUGAGAGCAGGAGCAAGGGCCUAAGGUAAGCUCUUGUGGUGUUCAGGUGAAUGUAUGAUUGUACAGGUAAAACAAGUUCUCCAAGUGCUGAAAAAGCUCUUAGGAGAAACUUCCAAGCUAAUAUAAAAAAUGUAACCUACAAAAUGAAUCAAAGAAGCUUUUAUGUAUUUAUAGUUGGAGAUGCGUUUCAA